UUGCGGCGAUUUUUUGCAGCAGCACAGUCUGAACAACACCAUUUUCCUUUUGGUUGUUCCUUAAGACCAACACAUCCAAAAUGAAGCCAUUCUAUCUUGCACUGUUGAAAGAAGCAAAGACUUGGUUAUCGCAUGCCACCAUCUCACCAAAGCUGACUUGGUUGCAGAAACAGUAUGUGGGCUCAUUUGGAUCCACUGGUAAAUCUAGCUCCAUGCCAGUUGGAUUUGCAGCAGCAGCAGCUGCUGCUACUUCUGUUGCUGCCGCCGCUGCUGCCGUUGUUGUUGCCUGGCUCCUGGUUUUGGAGAGAAUAGGAAGGCUUGGUCUACAUGAUCUUGCUGCCCUUACAGGAGGACAGGUUAUAACUACAGAACUUGGCAUGAACCUCGAGAAGGUGGAAUUUGAUGUGCUUAGAUCAUGCAAACAGUCACUAUAUGUUACUGUGUCAAAAGAUGAUACUGUAACUCUUGAUGGGGCUGGUGACAAGAAGUCUAUUGAGGAAAGAUGUGAACAGAUUAGGUCAGCAAUUGAAUUGAGCACCUCUGACUAUGACAAGGAGAAGUUGCAAGAAAGAUUGGCUAAGCUGUCUGGUGGUGUUGCUGUUUUGAAAAUUGUAGGAGCUAAUGAAGCUGAAGUUGGUGAGAAAAAGGACAGAGUCACAGAUGCCUUAAAUGCCACGAAGGCUACUGUGGAAGAGGGUAUCGUGCCUGCUAAGUCUUGUAAGUUGUUUUACCCCUUGUAUCCCUCAGAUUUAGAAUUUGAAAGCAUGCUUAAAGGAGUUCUGCCAUGUAGUUGUGGUGUUGCUCUUUUGUUUGCGUCAGAAGAGUUGCACAAGCUGCCUACUGACAACUUUGACCAGGAGAUUGGUGUUCAGAUUAUUCAGAAUGCUCUGAAGUUUUGUAUAACUCUUGUAUUCAGAUCAAAUGGAUCAGAUGCUGCCAAAGGUCAGUGCACAUCUUGUGUUUCUUUUCAUUUAGGUGAAUAUGUUGACAUGGUUAAAGCCGGUAUUAUUGACCCGUUGAAAGUUAUUAGAACUGCCUUGGUUGAUGCUGCAAGUGUAUCAUCAUUGAUGACAACAACCGAAGCUAUUGUAUCGCAGCUCCCGAAGGAUGAGAAGGAAACUCCAGCAAUGGGCGGCAUGGGUGGCAUGGAUUAUUAAGAUUCUUCUCAGUACCAUAACAGUCCAAAUUGCUUGGACAGAAAAACAGAACAUUAGUGUUUUAGUUGAUUUGAGUCUUAAUUUUUUCAAUCACAAGGCAUCCAUGUAAUCAUAACCAGAGAGCAAUUGUAGGUAGUUUUUGCAAUGGAGAACGAAACAUCUCUCAUUAUUGUUGCAAGUUGCUAGGUAAUAGAGUUUGAAACAAGAG